CCUCGACACUGUAUCCAAUCCCCCAACGACCACCGACGACUUGUACGUUAUGAAGGACGCACAAGGCCGAUCGCUCUCCCCGGAUGAGUCGGACACCUCGGACGAGCGGAAAGGGUUGCUUGCGGAGGAAGGCGAAGACGACUUGGACUCGGUCCUUCAUCAGACCCCGAACCGCCGCAGAAGACGAUGCUGCUCAGUCGUACUCAUCGCGCUCAUUCUCGGCGCUGUCUUUGGGCUCCCCAUGCUCUAUGUCGGACUCAAGACAUCCAGGCCCGUCGCCGACUUCGACAACCAGAAGUUGCGGAGUAAUGGGACGCACCAAUUCAAGAAGACUGCUCUCAUUGUAUCUAUUGACGGUCUUCGAGCGGACUAUCUCGACAGAGGAUUAACCCCGCAUCUGUUGGCUAUUAGCAAGAAGGGCCUCCGUGCGAAGUCAAUGAGACCUGUGUUCCCAACUCUGACGUUCCCUAAUCAUUGGGCCUUAAUGACCGGCCUCUAUGCAGAGUCCCAUGGAAUUGUUGCUAAUAACUUCUGGGACCCGCAAAGCCGUUCAGAGUUCCAUUAUAACCGCGUAGAGUCUUGCUGGAACUCUUCGUGGUGGUUCGGCGAGCCAAUGUGGGAGACUGCAGAAAAUGCCGGCCUUCUCACUGCGAACCUUAUGUGGCCCGGUCCCCCUGUGACCAGCAGAGGAGUGGAGUCAACGUACUUCGUACCGUGGAAGGAUAAAGUACCGCUGAAGGAGAAGCAUGACCAGAUUAUGGAGUGGAUUGAUCUUCCGUUGGAGAAACGUCCUCAGCUGAUUAUGGCCUACGAGCCUUCUCUCGAUCAAGCUGGCCACUUGGCGGGUCCCAAAUCCGAUCUUGUAGACCGAGUUCUCAAACAGGUCGACGUAUUCGCGAAAGAUAUUCACGAUUCCCUAGAAGCACGGAAUCUGACAGAUAUCAUCGAUGUCGUCUUUGUCAGUGAUCACGGCAUGACGGACACGAGUCACCCAGAGUUUAUCUACAUCGACGACGUCCUAGGCGACGGAUUCGAUGAGCUUGAGCACGUCGAUGGCUGGCCCGCAAUGGGCCUUCGGUUCUCGCCGAAGGCAGAUUCUGCCCACUACCUCAACAUCCUGUCGGAAGCUGCUGCUGCUAGUGGCGGCAAGUUCGACGUCUUCACGCACGAGACGAUGCCCACGCGUUUCCACUUCUCCGGUAACUCACGCAUUGCCCCUAUUUACAUCGUCCCAAGGAUCGGUUACGUUGUCACUGACCACGUUGAGAACGGCACGGGGUUGAACAAGGGGAGUCACGGCUACGACAACGCGCAAGCAUCGAUGCACGCCAUGUUCGUGGCGCACGGCCCCUUCUCGUCCGUCGUGAAGGCGAUCCAGCAGAGCGAUGAGAGCCGGCUCUUCAAGCGGCUGCUCUCGCGCCCCAACAAGGGCUGGCAUUCGACGUCGAACGACACGUACGUGAUGGACACGUUCCAGAACGUCGAGGUCUACAACCUCAUGGUGAAGCUCCUCGGCAUCGAGGACUAUGCGGCGUCGACGAAUGGAACGGCGGGCUUCUGGGACAAGUUCUUCUAAGCGGCUCAGAGUUCGACAUGUUAUGAUACUCUUACGGGAUCUGCUUCUACGUUAAUCUUGGAUUGUGUAAUAUAGACUGUGCUUUGUUACAUCAGGGGUCGUAUAUGUUAAUUCGAAUUCUUAGUCCAAGC